AUGAGAACGCGGAGGAGGGGGGUGCGGCGCGGCUGAACGGCCGAGGGGGCCGGGCGCAGGACGGCGACGAGAGCUGCAUGCAGCGCGAGGUCUGGAUGUCUGUCUUCCGCUACCUCACCCGCAGGGAGCUCUGCGAGUGCAUGCGGGUGUGCAAGACCUGGUACAAGUGGUGCUGUGACAAGAGAUUGUGGACAAAGAUAGACUUGAGCAGGUGCAAAUCCAUCACACCCCAGGCGCUGAGCGGCAUCAUCAAAAGACAGCCGGUCAGCCUCGACCUCAGCUGGACCAAUAUCUCCAAAAAACAGCUUACGUGGCUCGUCAACAGGCUGCCAGGCCUGAAAGACCUCAUCUUAGCAGGCUGUUCCUGGUCUGCGGUCUGUGCUCUCAGUACCUCCAGCUGCCCCCUUCUCAGGACCCUCGAUCUUCGGUGGGCAGUAGGAAUCAAGGACCCUCAGAUCCGGGAUUUACUCACACCUCCAACAGACAAACCCAGUCAGGACAAUCGCAGCAAACUCCGCAACAUGAUCGAUUUCCGGCUCGCCGGGCUGGACAUCACCGACGCCACGCUGCGCCUGAUCAUCCGCCAUAUGCCCCUGCUCUCCCGCCUCGACCUCAGCCACUGCAACCACCUCACAGACCAGUCGGCCAACCUCCUCACCGCCGUGGGCUCCUCCACACGCAACUCCCUCACCGAGCUCAACAUGGCAGGCUGCAAUAAGCUGACGGACCAGGCCUUGCUGUACCUGCGCCGCAUCUCCAACGUCACCCUAAUCGACCUGCGAGGUUGCAAACAGAUCACCCGCAAAGCCUGUGAGCACUUCAUCUCGGACCUGUCCAUCAACAGCCUCUACUGCCUGUCCGAUGAGAAGCUGAUCCAAAAAAUCAGCUAGAGACCCUUCCCAGGGCAGACUGAGGAGAAGGAAAAGAGCCC